ACGACGACGACGACGACGGGGAUGGUAGAGUGAGGCUGAUGAGUUCGUAAAUUGGAGCAGCCUAGGUCCUUCUCUCGUUCUCUCUCUUCUCGUCGUCAGUGUGUGACUCACUGACGCUUCGCGUUAGAUCGUCCGCCGUGAGGCCGAUCUCUGAACGAUUAUAAUGCGCUAAAGCCGUUACCUAAGUUUCGAUUGAAACGAAAUCGAAAUCGUAAUAGACCGAUUAACAAUAUGGCGAAUCAAACAACGAAGAAGGAACUCUUGGAGGAGAGCCUGCAUCAUCAUCAUCCGGAGGGCAAUGAGGAAGAGGUUGACAAAGAGUGGGAGGAAUUUACGAGACUGAUGGCCAAGUUGAAGGAAAAUCGGCGAAAUAGGCCGCAUAGACCUUCACAAGCCUUCUACCCGUGUCCUCUACCAACUCCUGAAGAGGAGCAACAGGAUUUCGAUCCCUUCGACUAUAUAAAUACGAUUAUGUAUGGUCGCUAUACGAAGGACCUUGGUGAGUACGCAAAAGAAGAGGCAAGAAGACUCAAGUAUCAUGAUAAGGCAAGAAAGAAGUACGACAAGACGAGGGCCGAGGAUCUUCGAAAAUCUCGAAGAGGUCCAUUGUGUAGAAAACUCUUGGCCUUGCUUGCCUUCGCUUGGAAACACACCGGAGCUAGAUUGGGCGAAGAUUGGGUAUUUCUGGCACUUUUGGGUGUUAUCAUGGCACUCAUAAGUUAUGCCAUGGAUCGUGGGAUUUCAAUGUGCAACAACGCUAGAAUAUGGCUCUAUCAAGAUCUGACGUCUCAUCCUGCUCUCCAGUAUCUCGCUUGGGUCUCAUUGCCCGUUUGUCUGAUUUUAUUCAGCGCUGGUUUUGUACAUAUCGUGGCACCCCAGAGUAUAGGCUCCGGUAUACCAGAAAUGAAGACGAUCUUAAGAGGUGUAGCCUUGAAGGAGUAUUUAACUUUCCGGACUCUUAUAGCAAAGGUGAUCGGUUUAACAGCCACGUUGGGCUCAGGUUUACCAUUGGGUAAGGAAGGUCCAUUCGUUCACAUCGCCAGUAUCGUUGCGACUCUCCUAUCGAAAUUGGUCACCAGUUUCCAAGGCAUUUAUGAAAAUGAAAGCAGAAACUGUGAAAUGUUGGCUGCAGCCUGUGCGGUUGGUGUCGCAUCAUGUUUCGCGGCACCCAUCGGAGGUGUCCUCUUCAGCAUCGAGGUCACCACAGUCUAUUUCGCAGUACGGAAUUAUUGGCGUGGUUUCUUCGCUGCCGUUUGUGGUGCCACGAUGUUUCGACUCCUGGCUAUAUGGUUUCAAAGAGAAGAAACUAUCACGGCCAUGUUCGUCACUAACUUCACCAUGGACUUCCCAUUCGAUCCUUACGAACUUUUUGUGUUCGCUCUUAUUGGUGUCGGAAGCGGUUUGAGUGGUGCAUUUUAUGUAUGGUUGCAUCGACAAUACGUUAUAUUUAUGAGAAAGAAUAAGAGCAUGAACAGUUUCCUUCAGAAAAAUCGCUUUUUAUAUCCUGGCAUCGUAUCCCUUCUGGUAUCAUCGGUAUCCUUCCCAUUGGGAUUAGGUCAGUUCAUGGCCGGUGAUUUGAACACUCACGAUCAAGUAUUUGGACUUUUCACAAAUUUCACUUGGACGAAGGAUAACUUGGGCGUCGAAGAAAACAACAUAGUCAAGCAUUGGUCGACCCCAUACACCGACGUUUUCACCGGUCUCCUAAGCUACGUUCUCUUCACUUUCAUCUUUUCCAUCAUAAGUUCGACGGUGCCUGUACCGUCUGGCAUUUUCAUCCCGGUUUUCAAAAUCGGUGCAGCACUUGGAAGAACCGUUGGCGAGGCUAUGGCCCUUUGGUUUCCACAUGGUGUUCGAUAUGGUGGAAUUAUCACUCCCAUCAUACCAGGUGGUUAUGCUACUGUAGGAGCAGCUGCCUUUUCUGGUGCCGUAACACAUACCAUAUCCGUAAGCGUUAUCAUUUUUGAAAUGACAGGACAAAUCACUCAUAUAGUACCGAUAAUGAUAGCAGUCUUGAUCAGUAAUGCGAUCGCCGCACUUUUACAACCAAGCAUAUACGAUAGCAUUAUACUUAUCAAAAAGUUACCUUAUCUACCGGAUCUUCUACCAUCGAGUUCAGGUAUGUACAACGUUUACGUCGAAGACUUCAUGGUACGUGACGUGAAAUACAUUUGGCACGGCAUCACUUAUCAAAGACUCAAAGAGAUACUUAAGGAGAAUCGCAAACUUCGUGGCUUUCCACUGGUAGAUAAUCCAGAAUCAAUGAUAUUAUUGGGUUCAAUUCAAAGGCUAGAAUUGAUCAAAUUAAUAGAAAAACAUAUUGGACGUGAAAGGAGAUUACAAGUCGCACAAAAAUGGCACAAAGAAGCAGAGGAAAGAGCAAGAGAAGAGAUGGAACGUCAAUUGAGAGAACAAGAAAAAACAAGAAGACCUUCCAGAUUCGAGGUCAUCCCAGCUCCAGACAUUCUUAAAAUGCAAAGGCAAAGUGUUAAUGAUCUAACGAUGUCGACAAAUAAUGGUGGUGGGCCGGAUCAUCAUACGUAUCAUUCACCGGUCUUCGGAACUCAACCAAAGAAAUCUAUUUUAAAGAAAACCAAUUCCUUUACUUUGAAAGGAUUUAGUCCACUAGUCAGCCCAGCUGUUACACCAUAUACAACGGUUACUGGAGCAGAAAGCAGAAUACGUCUAGCCUUUGAAGCGAUUUUUCGAAAAUCAGCAACUCUGCAAGAUGUUGAUCCAGAUCCAGAAAUGGGUACUGCUACCAGACGUGAAAGUCAAGAUUGUAUAGAUGCUCAGGCACAUCAACCUAUGCUUUCUUCUAGUCCAGCUACGUCGAAAAAAGUACAAUUGCCGAGGGAGAGAGUAAUUGAUAUGUCAGCUGAGGAUCAAAAAAGAUGGGAAGAAAGUGAGAUGGCUCUUGAAGUAGACUUUUCCAGAUGUCACAUCGAUCCUGCACCGUUCCAGCUUGUAGAAAGGACAUCUUUGCUAAAAGUCCAUAGUCUUUUUAGCAUGGUUGGUGUAAACCAUGCUUAUGUGACAGCCAUUGGAAGGUUGGUCGGAGUAGUGGCAUUAAAAGAGUUGAGAAAAGCUAUCGAGGACGCUAAUGCAGGAAUUUUGCCGAUGCACGCGGAAUCGCAUGUCGAUGCGUCAAAUUCCAGUUUAGUGAAGAGUGAAACGGAUGGAGAAAAUAAAAACUCAGUCAGUGCGGUGAACUCCGUUGUUUCGAUUGAAAAUGAGAAAGUUGAAAAAGUCUGAGAGAGAGAGAGAGAGAGAGAGAGAGACGCGAAUGAACAGACAAGAAAAGAAAGAAAAGAAAGCACAAAGAAAAAAAAUAUGAAACAACAAAUGUGAUAGUCACGUUGCAUGCUGUUGAUGCAAAUGUUGCAGCGUGACCUGGAAGAUGCACCUGCGAGAUGCGCCUCUUUUUACCUGUUCCCUGCAUUAUUUUUUUUUUGCGAUCUUAUAUCUUCCUAUGGUACAUGUAUAAGCAACAAGUUCUUCAUCGCAUAAUGACAGUAACUUGCAAAUAUUCCUCUCGUACUUAAGUUUGAGGCGUACAAAACAGUUACUGAUAUAUAUAGAGAUGAGAUUCCUUAAGUAUUACAUACUUUGAUUUGGACAUCAAUUUUUAAUCAUAAUAUUUUUCCAAUUGAAGCAUAUAUUAUCUAUUCUUCAGUAAUCUAAACGAACCAAAUAGUUUUUGGUUUCUAUCGCUUGAUAUAUCUAAUUCGUACGUAGGGGUCGUCAUAUAGGAGAAUUCUAUCUAAUGAUAUAUACAUAUCUAUGCAUAAAUACAUAUAUAUAUAUAUAUAUAUAUAUAUAUAUAUAUAUAGCCACAUACACACACACACGCACACAAAAUAUUGAAAUGACAAAUUUAUUUUAAUGAGUACGUUUGAAAGAUCACGGUAACAUAUUUUUGAUCCUCUAUUGAUAUAAAUUAAUGUAGCAUAAUAUAAAUAUAUGUACACAUAUACGCGUUAUAUAUAAGUAUAUCAAAGUGCGUAAGCAUGAGUGAGAACCCAAAUGAUACGCGAUGCAAAGAAGGAAAUCAAAAGUGAAGAAACAGAAAGAGGUCGUGAACGUCGAUUCUAAAUAUAAUUCAUUGUUAAAAAAAUAUAAGAUAUAAUCUCAUAGUGAUAUAUCAAUGAUUUUACAUAAGGCUUCAUGCUCAAUAUUGUAUCGUGAAUCACGAUUUCCUUAUUAUUAUAAGUAGGAUAAUUUAUAUAAUAAUGUAUUUUUUUAUUUAAUAUAAAAACGGACAAAGUGAUUCAAAGUGCCAAAGGCAGAUGAUUGUAUCCUACUGUGUGAAGAAAGAAAGAAAAAAAGAAAGAAA